AGGCCACCCACUUGCUUCGAUUUCUCUGGUAAAUAUUUGACUGGAUGUUUACCUUUUCCGUGAGUUUUCUGGGUGCUGUGAAGAGAACGGGGUGGAACUCCGGACUGUCAGAAGCAGUCAUAACCAAGAGGCUGGAGAAGCUCAAAGGACAACCCGCUCACCGGGGCUGCGGGUGGUGCUUUCCCACCGAGAUGAUUUCCACAGCGGAGAGGACAAGGCAGUUAAAUGGCACCUGCGCUGGCUUGGUGGACAUGGAACUCUUUCUCCAUUACUCCCUCAUCCCAUCACUUUUCAUCAUUUUGGUCUUGUCCUUUCUCCAAAGACGAGAGCACUGCAGACAGAGAGAUGACACUUCUGACCUCUUGGAGAACCACUUUGGAAUUAUCAUACCUCUGGACUUCGUGGGCACCUUUCGUAACCGAUGGUCCUACGGAAUUGCCUUCGGAGCCACAGCCAAUAAGGUCAUGUUCCUGUUCUCAGAAGGCUCCCAGCUCCUGCAGAUCCCGCAGUGGGCCCAAGCCUUUGUGCUUCUGAUUGGAGGCUUCGAAGUCGGCCUGUCCCACUUCCCCUUCUUUGCCUGCCUCUCCUCGGAGUUCCAGCUGGUCAGCUCCAUCCUGGGCUUCCUCUACUCUCUGAUCUGGUUUGCUGUCACCAUUCUUCACAUCAUACAGUGUCCCCAUGGGCAGUUUUUGGGGAGCUAUGAGACCGUCAUGUUCUACUGGCCCUCGUUGCUGUGCCUGUCCUUCCUGCUGGGCCGCUUCCUGUACAUGUUCGUCAAGUCUCUGAGGGUCUACCUGGGCUGGGAGCUGCAGACGGAAGAAAAGCCGUUUCUGGAAAUCCAUCAGGCAGAGCACGUCAAGCAGCUCCUGCGGAAGCCCCCCCUGCAAGAGAAAAAAAAGUCUUGGUUUCAAAGCAGGAUCUACGAGUGGGACCCCUGCUUCCAGUUCCCAAGCAGAAUGAUCGGAACCGCCGUGUUGGCUUCCAUCUGCCUGUAUCUCUUCAUUGUCAUUGAGUUCUGCGUGUUCGUGUAUGUGAGAGACCAGCUGGAUGUGUUUGAAGGCGAGUUAGAGAGCUACAUUGCCUCCGCGAACCAGACUGGGACCCUGACCCCAGUCAUCCUGCAGAUGAAGGAGCUGAUGAACAUCUCCAAAGGAGUCUGGGUGGUUACCAUUCUUCCUGCCUUCCUCACGUGUGUGAGCUAUCUAUUCCACAUUUUGGCUUGUUACAGAAAGCACGUGAAGAGGUUGUGGGCAGGAAAUAAACACUUUCUCCCUCUGAAGUUCCGUAACCCUUCCUCCUCAGGGAGUGUGGCGGCCAUUGCAAGGUACUCUGGCUGGCAGAUAGCCUACAUUUUGUGGGGCUACCUCAGUAUCCACGUGGUGCAGAGCCUGUGUGGCAUGGCGAUCAUGUACAGCCUGGUGUUGCCCAUCACCCACAACCAGGGCCUGGAGAUGCUCCAAGGACUGGGCAUUGGAAUCCUCACCAUAUCCAUCGUCCUGGGUCUCAUGAUCCUGCAGGUAUGGAUCGCUGCCAGCUUCUUCCUGCAACCCAAGAUGGGCACAGCUGACAAGCAGAAGCCCUUGGCGCUCAACAACAGGAAAAUGUUCCACAACUUCAACUACUUUCUGUUCUUCUACAACGUGCUGCUGGGCCUGGGCGCCUGCCUCUCCAGGCUUCUCAUCAGCUGCAUCCUGGGCACAUGGCUGAUUGCCCGCAUCGACAGGACCAUCAUGCAGAACGGCUACGAGGGAGCCGACAUGGGGUUCAGUGCAUGGGUUGGCAUGCUCUAUGUGGACCAUUAUCACACCAACCCCGUGCUCGUCAGCUUCUGUCACAUCCUGCUCACAGGCCUGAGGGAGAGGAAGCUGCAGCAGGCCAUCAGAUGUGAGCACCUGCGUCAGUCAGCAGGUCCCCGCACCUCGGCGAGGCCCAGGACAAGGUGGCGCCUGCUGCAGACCCUGAUCAACAACCCCAGACUGGGCAUGCUCAGAAAGUCAAAACCAGACCACGGCUCCCAGGAGUUCACCCAGAUCCUGCUGACGUGCUCGGAGAGCUGACGUGGCCUCCGGCACCGCUCCUCGCCACGCCCGGAUGACGGCUGCCCAGCAGCUGCCCCCCAGAGCGAUGGCACGCCCAGCCACUGUCCACAUAGAUGGCGCGUGGCAGUGGCCCCUCAGGGUAUCAUCUGGGCGGAACGAUGAAGGCUCAGGGCUAAUUCACUCCUCUAGUAACAAGACCAAGCACGAAAGAGAAACUCCGUUGAACAAACUUUGUCCAGUCAUGAUUUCUCCUCCCCACGGUUGGGAGACACCCUUGGGGAGUUCCGUGUUGAGACGCACUUAGUGUGACCACAGGGCAGAGCUUUGUGUCACUGAGGAAGGUGGUAAACCUUCCUUAUCAGGAUAGUUUAACCGCCUGAUCGUUUUUCUCUGGGAGAAAGUACGGCCUUAAUUCAAACAGGGCCCUCAUUGCUUCCUCCUUUCCAGGCCUUACCGUGGUGAGAGAGAAGGAAACCUGUGGUCCAGCCUCCCAUCUGGUAGCGGGAGCAGGCACACACUGAGUUCUCCCUGCCGGGACGACUGGGCCUUGGUCACAGAGAUGUACACAUUCUCUCUGGCAAGGGGAUCCCCUGGGAAAGCCACCUUCCUGGGGAGGCAGAGGUGGGCGUGCAGGCAUUCUAGGUGGGGGACGAUAAGAGCACAGCCGCGAGAGCAGGUGCGUUUGACGAGGGUGAGCCCUCCGGUGCCUGCAGUGCAGGACGUAGGGGACUGUUAGACCCUCCAGGGAGGCCCAGACGUGGCCACGCUGGAAGCCUGGACAUUCCUCUCUGUGCAGAGGGCCUGGGACUUACCCAGAUCCUUCACACCCAAGCACGAGGUCUCUGAUGGCCCAGGGUCUGUACAAAGUCCGACCAUUCACAGUGCAAGUGCCAGGAGGACUCCCAACAGGGUGAGGGAGGUCCCUGUCCACCUCCCAGAGCCAUUGAACUUCAGGAAUCAUUACUGAGCACCCAUUGUGAACCCAGUCCUGUUGCUAGGUGUUUGCUGGACUUAUCUCUUAAUCCCCACAACCAAGCUUUGUCAUUCUGCGUUUAGAAGCUGGGAAAACGGGCACUCGGGCUGCUGGGAUCCCCACAUCAUGGCUUCUUAGCCGUGUGGCAUUGGCUAAAUUACAUUGUCUUUCUGUGCUUUUCCUCACAUAGAAAAGGGCUAAUACCUACAAUACCCAAAAUUAUUUGGGGGAUGAAAUGAGUUAAUCCAAACACUCCUAAGUUAAUGCCUGAUUUACCCUCAACUCUCAAUAAA